GACUACGCAUGUGCUAAACCGGUCGAAUGGCUGCGGUUAAUCUCUGAGCUACAAUAUGAAAUCAAACUCACAGGAGGACCUGUGGUGCGUUUAAUAAUUAAUCUCGUUCUCUCUCGAGACAUUGAGACAUUUGACGAGAUGAAAGACUUACCUGUGUGAAGGUGCAGCGCUUUAAGAGAAAGAGAGCACUUUUACUACAGGGGGCAUGCACUGCUGCGACUGCACGGGAACCUCUCGGCACACAAGAACGGGGCUAUCAGGUUAAGUUUUAGGUUUCGAAAAUUUAGGGGUUUUUUUGCGAUCGGGAUGUUGGGCUCGUUCAGCAGGAGAUUGCGACCCGCGUUGAAACAGGCGCAGGCGCUGUGCGGUGUGCCAUGGAGACACCAGACGCAGAGCCGUGCGUGUGCUGCGCGUCCAGCAACUUUUCAGUCACUUGAAGACUGUCUUGUGGUCGACUACGGAGGGACGCCGAUGCGUUUUAACUACGUGUGGCUGCGGGAUCACUGCCGCUCUGAGGCUUCGUACAACUCCAAGACUAACCAGAGAAACCUGGACACUGGGAGUAUAGAGCUCACUAUCCGCCCCGACAACACGAGUGUGCAAGAUGGCCAUCUGGUCCUCACAUGGCCUGGUGGUCAUGUGUCAAAGUACAGCCUUAGCUGGCUGGCUGAGAAUAGCUACGAAGGACAGCAGCAGAACGCCGUCCAGCCGCGAAUCCUUUGGAAUUCAGACAUCUAUAAAAAUGCCAACGUACCCUCGGCCAAAUGGGACACGUUUAUGAGCUGUGAUGAUGAAGUAAAGAAGUUUCUUCAAAACUAUCUUCUGUACGGGAUCGCUUUUGUAGAUGAUGUCCCAGCUACAGUCGAGGCCACAGAGAAGGUCACCCAGAGGGUCAGUCUUAUCAGGGAGACUACGUAUGGAAGGAUGUGGUGUUUUACUUCAGAUUUUUCCAGAGGAGACACUGCCUACAGCCAGCUGGCCCUGGAUCGACACACUGACACCUCAUACUUUCAGGAACCAUGCGGAAUCCAGGUUUUCCACUGUCUUAAGCACGAGGGGACUGGAGGAAGGACACUACUUGUGGAUGGCUUCUACGCUGCUGAAAAAGUACGCCGGCAGUCUCCUGAAAACUUUGAGCUACUUGCCCGAGUGCCCAUCAGGCACGAAUACAUUGAAAACACAGACAACCACCGAAACCACAUGACCGGCAUCGGCCCCCUGCUCAACAUAUAUCCUUGGAACAACGAAAUGUACCUGAUCCGAUACAACAACUAUGACCGAUCAGUGAUGAACACAAUCCCCCAUGACCUCGUUCAGCAAUGGUAUGUGGCACAUCGAGAGCUGACAACAGAACUAAGGCGGCCAGAGAACGAGCUGUGGGUGAAACUGACUCCAGGGAAAGUGAUCUUCAUAGACAACUGGCGUGUCAUGCAUGGGAGGGAGUCUUUCACCGGCCUGAGGCAGCUCUGUGGGUGCUAUCUGACCAGAGAUGACGUCCUCAGUGCUGCACGCUGCUUCGGUCUGCGGGCCUGAUCCUGGACAUGAAGGUCCCUUCACUUCUGUGCCUUAUCGGUUAGCCUACAGUGCAUUCAGGAAGUGUUGAGCCCCACAUCACAUUUCGUUAUGUUGCAGCCUUAUGUUCACAUCAUUUGAGUUCAUUUUUUCCAUCAUCAGUCUACACUCAGUACCCCAAAAAGGACAAAGCGAUAACUUCUGUAUUUUUCUCCAUUCUCGAUCCUUUCCCUCAAACCUGACCAGUCCCUCCCAGCCUGCUUCACUAUUGGGAUGGUAUUGUGCAUAUGAUGAGCGAUGCCUGGUUUCCUCCACACAUACCGCUUAGAAUUAACGCCAAAAAGUUCAAUCUUGGUCUCAUCAGACCAGAGAAUCUUCUUUCUCAUAGUCUGAGACCCCAUUAUUUUUAUGGGACUUGCACUGAGGAGAGGCUUCCGUCGGGCCACUCUGCCAUAAAGACCAGCUCGGGGAACUUUUGCAGUGAUGGUUGUUCUUCUGGAAGUUUCUCCCAUCUCUAUACAGGAUCUCUGGAGCUCAGCUAGAGUGAUCAUUGGGUUCUUGCUUACUGAGUGUAGAUUGAUGAGCAGGAUUUGAACUAUUUUAGCAUAAGACUGCAAGAUAAUGUGGGAAAGGUGAAGGGGUCUGAAUACUUUCUGUAUGCACGGUAGAGCUUUUAUCAAAUUUGUACUGAAAGUUUUCUUUGUUCUGAACAAUCAAUGUGUCUCACUCCUGGCGCUUGUUGUAUUUUAUUCAUCCUUGUUCAUUAUUUUGUAAUUUAUGUAAUUGAUUAUUCUUUUUGUAUCAGUUUAAAAAUGUUAUCUGAAUGUGAAUGUCUCCUGAAUUACACUUGAGACAAUAAACGUUCUCAAAUGCCUUGA